AGUCAGGCUAGGACGUGCCGCGACCUUCGCGCGACGCGUCCUGAGACCGGAUGCAAGUCAUGCGGAUAGACCGUUGAACAUGCCGCACGGUGGUGCUUGAUAGUGUCGUGUCUGGCUCAGCGCUGACACAACUUCACACUUUGCCACGGUCCAUGCACAGUCGAUCUGCACAACAGCUUGCUGAUGGGCAUACUCUACAACGCCUCGUCCGAUGUUCCGCUGCCGUCGGCAUCCAAGCGCUCUUACGCACCUGGCGCCCGCAAUGGCGGAGGCAUGCACGCGCUCGAUGGCGCUACGCGCAAUCUGAGUACGUCCGACGAAUCAGAGGAUGAAAUUUCUACCGUUCCUCGUAAGCGACUCCGCGCGAUGGUGGCAGGUCUCAGCAAGAAAGAUCGAGCGCGUCUCAAGUCUGCAGGAAAACCUCCUGCCAGACCUGCGGUCUCUUCAGCCCUCGGUUGGGCAGGUGCCGGAGCGGACAUGCUGGAGCGAAAGCGCAAAGAGGAAGAGCGUCGCCGUACGAGAGAAGAAAAGCGUAGAGUGCGAGAAGCCGACACGCAAAUCGGGGGUCGGGAAUGGCGUGCAGACGCAGUGCAGGACGAGAUCGCUGUGGCAGAAGCACGCGACACAGGGUCACUGACUGCAACGGUACAACAGGCGGUCAAUCGAGCGCUCGUGGCGCCCUUGUGCACAGAGGCCAAGGAACUCCCCGACAUGAAAGCGCUGCACGACGCCAUGACUCUUGCUGCAGUCAAAUCUGGUGUGGGUGGGGGAGCAGCACCCCGCGCUGCGGCUUUGCUACUCACAGCGCUACACGGCCAUCUACAAAAUGUCGCGAGCGGUUUGAUUGGGGCCGUGCGAUCUGAUCGAGCGGGAGGCAUCCGCACCUCUGGGCACGCUCCAGCGGCAGCCACGGCUAGGGUUCACGCACAGGACGGUGUAGAAGCUGCGAGCAUAACACAUCAAAGCGCACAGAGUGCAAGAGGAGCUUCAGAUGGGCGUAAAGCCACGUCAAAUACGAAUGCCGGCUCAAACACUGCACGCGCACCAUCGGCCUACGGGUCUUAUCUGGCACCGCCCUCGCCACGUCUGCCUCUGCGAAAUAUGCCUUCAAACCUUUCCUCGCGCACUGCGUCUACUGCUCUCGCCGCCAGCAGUGCUGCGGACAACAGCGCAGUCAGCUUCGUCAGCACUGCGCCAACGUCUCAUGCAGCUGACGGCAGAUCUGAGCCAGAAGACGACGACGAUAUGGAAGUAGACGAAGACCGCCUAGGAAGCGCCGACAUGGUGCGCAAGUACUCCAACACAUCGAGCGGAAGUGCGAAGUCUGUUGAGAACGCCUUGACGGUAGCUCACCCUUCAAACUUGCGCCUUCGCGAUUUGGCGUUCAUGCUUCAAUUGACGCCUCAGGUCUCUGUGGAAACUCUAGGGCAGGGCGCCGCUGCUCGUCUACUUAAUGCUGACGCUUUGGAUGUGUCGCAUGACGACCACGACGACUCGGGAAUCGCCUGGACCAACGCCGGACUCGCGAGGCUGCCUGCUGAGGAAGGCUAUGAUGAGCUGAUGAGCGAUGCCCUGAGGCAAGCAGCAACCUCGAAGCUCUCAGACAGCCGAGUGCUUUACGGCUCUGGCGCCGGCUCAAAAUCGCCGCGAGCCAAGUACGUCGUCGACUCAUCUUCCACAUAUCGCUUGUUUCACCGACCGGAUGUGGUUGAGAACCACGCGACAAGGCCUGGGUCCAAAAGGAGCAAAGGGAGUCAUUUUGCGGCUCAACAGGCGUCGUGGCAAGAUGAAAAGCGCGACGAAGAUUCCAAUGUUCCAAGACGCUCUUCGACUGUCAGCGGUGCAGACCGUCAAGUUUCAACGUCGGCAGGCGGUGCAAGCGGCGACGAUGCUCGCAGACGCAUGACCGAUCCUAUGUUCGACGUCGUCGAUGCAGUAAGACUGCUGGGUCCUUUUGCAGACUAGCUGCAGCCAGUCAUCAUCUCCCUCUCUUUUGGCUUCGGAAUAGUCUCGGCCUCCCAUCUAUCCUCUUUUGCACGCGAGUCUUUC